GUCCAACUCCUCUCAGCACUUCCUGGUUUUCUCAGGUGGAUGUUAGAGCGGCUGCCAAACAAGUGUAAAGUUGCCUAGGCACAGGGAAAGGAUGUACCUAGCGGCGAGGAUACCACAACCUGACUAAACGUUUUUUAUCGUGUGAACCCAGUCUUACAGAAUGGUAAAGCAACGCGGCGUUUUUUACUGCAACCGAGCAGCAGCGGGAGGAUCGUCACCCGGGACGCUGCUGUGAAACGGCGCGUUAGCUGCCGCUGCUAGCAGACUAGCAGACGGCGACCUUCUACUGCUAGCAUCUACUUGACGUUGACCAGCUCGGUUCAAGUUUGACUCCAGACCUGAAUCAGAAGAGUCCUGGGGAACUGAAGGAGGCAACAUGGAGAACAAAGAGAAAGUGCAGAUGAGGAAUAACCCUCGCAGACAGCUGAAGAAGUUGAGUGAGGACAGUCUUACCAAGCAGCCGGAGGAAGUCUUUGAUGUCCUAGAGAAGCUGGGUGAAGGGUCAUAUGGUUGUGUAUUUAAGGCCAACCACAAAGAAACAGGAGAGAUUGUAGCCAUCAAACAAGUUCCUGUAGAGUCUGAUCUUCAGGAGAUCCUCAAAGAAAUCACCAUCAUGCAGCAAUGCAACAGUCCCCAUGUGGUGCGAUACUACGGCAGCUACUUCAAAAACCGUGACCUGUGGAUCGUCAUGGAAUAUUGUGGUGGUGGAUCAGUGUCUGACAUCAUCCGAAUACGUAACAAGACGUUAACAGAAGAUGAGAAUGCCACUGUUCUCCAUUCAACUUUGAAGGGUCUGGAGUAUCUUCAUUUCAUGAGGAAAAUCCACAGAGACAUCAAAGCAGGCAACAUCCUGCUGAACACAGAAGGUCAAGCCAAACUGGCUGACUUUGGAGUUGCUGGACAGCUAACAGACACCAUGGCAAAGAGAAAUACAGUCAUCGGCACGCCGUUCUGGAUGGCUCCAGAGGUCAUACAGGAGAUUGGCUACAACUGUGUGGCUGACAUCUGGUCAUUGGGAAUUACAGCCAUAGAGAUGGCUGAGGGCAAACCGCCCUAUGCUGAUAUUCACCCAAUGAGGGCCAUCUUCAUGAUUCCCACCAACCCUCCCCCAACAUUUCGAAAUCCAGAUCAGUGGUCACCAGAUUUUCUAGACUUUAUCAAAAAGUGUUUGAUAAAAAACCCUGAAAACCGGGCAACAGCAACACAGCUGUUACAGCAUCCUUUUAUCAAAUCAGCCAAGCCCAAUUCCGUCUUAAGGGCCUUGAUACAAGAUGCCAUGGAGAUCAAACUAAAGAGGCAAGAGGAGGCGGAACAGGCGGAACAAGAUGCUGAAGAUGAUAACAAUUCGGAUGAGGAUGAGGUUGACCAGGGGACGAUGGUUCGGGCCGGAACAGGUGAUUCAGGGACCAUCCGAGCAGCUGGUUCUUUAGCAGGUUCGCUUAGCGGUACGAUGAUCGAACACGAGGACACAGGAACCAUGCAGUCACAGCUUGGCACCAUGGUCAUCAACUCUGAUGAUGAGGAAGAGGCCGGUACCAUGAAAAGGAGAGACGAGACGAUGCAGCCAGCCAAACCUUCCUUUCUGGAGUACUUUGAGCAGAAAGAGAAGGAGGUAAACAAUCACAAUGAUGGAGGACGCCGUGGAGAAAACAAUGCAGACAACCGCAAACUCCCUGGUGAAGGAGAUCUUGAAAUGGUCGGUACGUGGUCAGUGGAGGAGCUGCGGGUGAGGCUCGCCUCCCUGGAUCCUCAGAUGGAGCAGGAGAUAGAGGAGAUCCGCCAGCGUUACCAGGCCAAGCGGCAGCCCAUCCUCGACGCCAUCGCGGCCAAAAAGCGACUUCACCAGAACUUCUGAGAAGGAUCUGCAGAGCUCGUCACAGGACGAACACAACAGGAUGGUUUCUUUUUUUUUAAUUGCUGUUUUAACAGAUGUCUCCUCCUGAUGGCUGGACAUGCUUUAAUGCAGCUGGAUGUGACAUCUGGGAGGCUGUGGAUCAGGUGGAUCUGGAACUUGAACUCAAACAAACCUCCAGCAACAAAAUGUUGGUUUGAUUUGAGAGAAUCUGCACUCUUACUGCUCAUUUAGUUAAAAAAAAAAGACAGUUGAAGAAAGUGAGUUUUAUUUCAACACCUGAUCUGGAGGUUUUAUUCAUCUUAUUUUAAGCUUGCACGCUUUUGUCUAAAGUGACACUGACUUUUCUCAGACCAUCCCUUUAAGUUGUUUUUUUUUUUGUUGUUGUCAGUGGGUACUUGUAAUGAGGGUUUGCUCUCAGCGCUGGAAAAACAUUGUUGCUGCUAAAUGUUUUAGUGUUUCUACCCUCAGAGUGUGAAAACCAAGAAACGGAUCAAAUAACUUCAUUUCAGCAAGAAAAAAAAAACUAGGGAGCAGAACAGAGUUUUAAAUUUUCACCCAGCAUACGACUGGCCUCCCUUUGGAUGCAGCUUGACCAAUUUACAUCUUAAAGAUUAAUUUGGAUUCAAACCAGUUUGAGGCCUUCCCAACCAGCUGUAGCUAAAUUAAUGCUGAGAAUUAAAACUUACAGACCAAGCUUAUUUUUUAUUCCUCAACGUAGUUUACUUGGUCACAUAGUUAAUGAAACCUCAGUUUCUUUAAUUCGGUUCGUUUGUAAUUUUUACCCUCAACUUUGAAUGUAAAACUGGGUUUUUGUAUAAUACAUAGGAAAACCUGAAACCCUUUCAUUGUGUGCCUCAUUACAUGACUGUUUUUUCCACUAAUCUGUUGCUUUAAAGAGACAAAAUGCAAAAACAUUAGACAGGAGGCAGUGAGAUUUUAAGGAAUUUAUUUUGCUGUUUUUCACAAUAUGAUUCAUGCCUGAAUAAUGUUGGCUAUGUUGCCUUCUCCUAAAAGUUUUUUUUUUUUUUACUGUGCAGAUUUAUUAUUUUUAACUUAUAGGAUUAUGGCACAAAUAUCUUUAGCUUUAUGUUUUGCCCGGAAUUAAAGCUGCACAAUUUUACGAAAACAUGCGACUGCUACGACGAUGUCUGUUAGUAUUAGCCCACUUUUUCCUUCUUUUCUAUCACAGCAAUGUCGGCAUCCCUCUAUGAUUUUCCUCACUUCAAAUUUAUGUUCUGGAUUUUCAACUUUGUAUCUGAACCGUUUGUGUUUGUCUGCUGUUGCCUUAGUAGACAUUCCUUUAAAGAGUGAUCUGAGGAUCAAUUAAGACAAGACAAACACUCAUAAAAGUUAUGAGUAUUUAAAAGCACAGAGAUGGGGAAUUUUCCAAUGUUUACACUGCCUUUGAGCAAUUUUAACUCAACAAUUCUAGUUUAAAUUAAAUCAUCGUACAGUAAUGUCCUUCAAAGAUUUACUUACACCUAUUUCAUUGUGGUGGUUGAAAUUAUUUUCACAUUAUUUUGCAUCACAUUGAAAUGUUAAAUAGGCAGAAAUUAAAACAGUUUCAUUUGUUUUUCCCUCUUUGGUCUUCAUUAGUGGCUCUUAGGAUUAUAAACGUCAUUAAGUGAUGAGUCACAAAACUUUAUGAUUGUGUUUGCGGAAAAACUUUUUAAAGGGAGUUUAAUGUAAUAAUUUUGCCUUUUUUUAACCACCAGUGCCCUUUUAAUGUUUUUCUUUUUUUUUUUUGCUGUGGUGUUUAUAAUUCCAAACUAACCUUUAAAACAACCCCAACUAGACAAGUAUAUAGACCAGAUUUAACACAGCUUCUUUUUUUUUCUUCAACUUAACUUUUAAGCAGCUGCCAAAGGGCCUCAGUCCAGAUCUGAUCCAGCUUUACUUGUAACAUUCCUAAGAUUUGCCAGCAUGUCGUACAUAUCUGCUUCUCAUCCAGCACAGAAGAGAAAUAACUAAGUAAAGGGACCGAGUAUAUUUUUGUUACGUAGGUUUAGAGUCGACACAGUCAUAAAGGAAGAGAACCUUUAGGAACUGUGUCAGAGUAAAACAAGCUUCUCAGGUCGUGCAACUCCUCAGGGGUGAAAAAAUAAUGACGAUGAGAAACUACUGUAGUUGUUCAGAAAUGCUCCGCAUGACGUCCGUAGGUACUGUAAGAAAAACAUGUGGCCGUGUGCGGUGGUUGUGUUUUAGACUGCAGAGGAGCUCGGGUGUUUGAUGAUGGAGGGAAUCCCUUCAACUAUAUGCUGUAAUUAACUGAGCUUGUUCUGUGGAUGCCAUGGUUUUCUGUGAUAAGACUCAUUUUCUGUUUUUGUUACAAGCUAAAGGGAUUCUUACGUUAGCCAGUGGUAUUACUCUGAAUGCACUGUUUUUUUUUUUUUCUUUUUGUGACCAGUCCUCACCUUUUUGUUAACAACAGCACAGAAAAAGGGCAACUCCUGAAUAUUAAUGUAGCCUUAAUAUUAUUGACUUAGUUGGAGAAUGAGUUCUGCUGAGCGAAGUCAAAAUCACUGGAGAACAGACAGAAGGCAAAGGUUGCUAUAAAACUUGUUGCAAUGUUGCAAGUUUUUUUUUUUUGUCUUGUUUGAAAAGCAACAAUUUAACUUUCACAACAGCAAGGAGGUCGGCUUUACCUCAGCAGGAAGCUGCAGCUCCACAACCUUAAAGAAAACUUUCUCCAAAAGUUUUCAGUAGCAGUAAACUUUUGAUCUGUGGAAAGAGAAAAUGAAUUUUAUUAAAGCAGCUUAUGGGUCAUUUAAUUUGUUAUUUAAAUUAUUUACGUGUACAAUUGGAAUUAAUUACUGUAAUUUACAAUGUGAUCCUGCUGAUGUUAUGUUGCCACUAUUCUGCUGGAAUUGUUUCUUUUUCAGUUGUGUAUGUCUUUUCAUGAAAAUGCAGUGUUUUUAGAAACAGUUUAAACCUCAUAACUAAACAUCGGGAAAAAAAGGCUAAAUUGUGAAUAGAUGUAGGAUUUAUUAGAAAGUAUGUGGCUCAGUCAGUGGCUCAGUCAAUUAAAAUCUGACAGAUUUUUAGUAUAAAUAAAUCAGGAGUUUAGAAGUUAUUUCCUUUUCUGCCUCUAAGUACAAAACAGCUUGUCUGCAUGUGAGUUUACUCGUUACUCUGAGGUGUAUCUGCCUUAAAGUACAGCAUGCAGUACAGGUCAAGCAUAUAUUUCUAUCCGUGGUAUUUGGUUUGUGUAUUUUGUUUGCUUCUUCAAUAAAAAAACAAACUAAA